UUUUACCAGCCGAGGCAGCAGCAUCUACUGUAGUGCCACCAACUGGUCCAACACUUCAAACAGUGACUUAUGCAUUCUCCCACCAGAAGUUUGCAGAAUGUGAUUUUGCACAAGACCUGUGCAGCUGGAGCAAUGCAGAUUAUUCUGACUUCAGCUGGAAUAGAACAUCAGGAGACAAAGAUCUACCAUUUGCCCCUUUGCACGCUCGGCCAGGCAGUG